AUGGACCCCUAUGAGCCAGGUAGAGGCGCCACAGAGCGAUACGCCGCCACUCCAGGCCACGCCAGGCCAGCAUAUAAGCCGCGCCAGCCGUCACUGCGGCACAGUCCACAACAGGUAGCUCACAGCACCGACACCACCAGCAUGAACCGUCACGUAGCUCUGCUCCUCUGCGCCUCCUUGGCGCUCGUCGCGGCCGCCGAGGAGAAGUACCCGGCCACGUUCGACAGCCUGGACCUGAAGGAGCUGCUGUCGGAUGAAACUCGAGUCCAGGAUGCGAUGCGCUGCCUGCUGGAAGAAGGAGACGCAGCGUGCAGACCCGCCGGGAAGGCGCUCAAGGAUGUGCUGCCCGAAAUAGUGCGUACAGACUGCGCCAAGUGCACCGAGACACAGCACAAGAAGAUCGGAGGUUUCUUCGGAGAGAUUUCGAGCCGCCACCCAGACCUCAUGAAGAAGCUGCUGGACAAGUACGACCCAUCUGGAGAAUACAGGAAGAAGUACGCCAAGUCCUGGGCCGAGCACGGCAUCCACCACUAAUCACCAUCAUCCCUUGUAACUCUUAUAUUUAAU